CCGCCUGCUAAGGGACUUUGACCCAGCAAGCUGUUUCCUCUUGCCUUGAUACUUCUUUCCUCUUUUCGUGCUCCGAGAUACCCACCUUGAUCGAUCAUGUCGCCCUCUGCCCGUCGUCCUGUCCGGGUUGCCGGCGCCUCCGGAGGCUUCUCGGAUAGAGUACGUGCAAUUGCCUCUCUAGCGAAAAAUGAGGAGGUGGAUGUUAUUGUCGGAGACUGGCUUUCUGAGCUCACAAUGACUAUUCACGGGACUGGAAAGAUAAAGAACACAGAGCAGAUGAUGCAGGCGCGGACUUUCGAGGAGAAGCUCAAUUAUGCCAUGUUUGCGGAGAACUUCCUCGACUGCUUCAUGCCUGCUAUCAAGGAUGUUGCUGAGAAGGGCAUCAAGAUUGCUGUCAACGCCGGUGCCUCCGAUACUGAGCUUCUGGCUCAGCUUGUGGAUAAGAAAGUCAAGGAGCAGGGAUUCAAUUUGAAGGUUGCCUGGAUUGAGGGUGACGACGUUACCGGCACUGUGAAAGGCAUGUUGAACAAGGGUGAGGGUUUCCGCAGUCUCAUGCACGGCCGAUCUGUCGAAGAAUGGGGACUGGAUCCCGUGUGCGCUCAGUGCUACCUCGGGGGUAUGGGUAUUGCAAAGGCCCUCACUGAGGGCGCAGAUAUUGUUAUUGCGGGUCGUGUGUCCGACGCAUCUCCUAUCAUCGGUGCUGCAGCUUGGUGGCACGAAUGGACCAACGACAUGUUCGAUGAGCUUGCCGGAUCUCUCAUCAUUGGUCACCUUCUUGAAUGCUCUGCCUACGUGUCAGGUGGCUACUGUUCGGACUUCCGCUCCCUCCUGGCGCAAAAGAAGCACAUCAACUUAGGCUUCCCCAUCUGCGCGAUCGACCACAAAGGAGAAGGAGUCAUGUAUAAAGAGAAGAACACUGGUGGUGAGAUGACGGUCGCCUCCUGUACCUCGCAACUGCUUUACGAAAUCCAAGGCCCCCAGUACUACAAUUGCGAUGUGACCGCUCAGAUUGAAAAUGUAAAGAUGGAACAAGUCGGCGAAGACCGUGUCAAAAUCUCCGGCGUGAAAGGUCUCCCUCCGCCGCCAACUACCAAAGUCGGCCUCACGGGCUUCGCCGGCUGGCAAGCCGAAUACCACAUCUACCUCUGCGGCCUGCACAUCGAAGAAAAGUGCAAGUGGACCGAAGAGCAGAUUCGCUACGAGCUAGGAGAGGAGAACCUCAAGAAGUUCACCACCCUCAAAUUUAUGCAGAAUGGCGCGUCCCCCAUCGACGCGCGCAACCAGGACGUCGCGACUGUCGACUUCCGCGUCUUCGCGCAGUCCAAGGACCGCGAGCUCCUCAACAUGCGCAACCCGAACGGCUUCUUCCGCAUCUCCAUGGUCACGUUCCUGCAGUCGUGCCCAGGCGCGUCCCUCGGAAACGACAUGCGCCAGGCAGAAGGCAAGCCCUACUACGAAUACCACCCCUCACUGCUCCCACAGUCGGCGCUGCAGCAGCGCGUCCAUUGCCUCUGGGACGGCGAUGAGGCAGCGGGCUUCAAAGACGGCAAGAAAGUUAUCGAUAUGCCUCUGGCCCCCGAAUUCCGCGAAUACGACCGUCAGCAGCCCUCCUACGAGACCACAAACCCCGUGCCCCUCGACGCCUUCGGGCCCACGGUACGGCUGCCGCUCGGCUCCAUUGUCCUCGGCCGCUCAGGUGACAAAUGCUCGGACUGCAACGUGGGCUUCUUUGUGCGCCAUGACGACGAGUGGGAGUGGUUGCGCAGCCUGAUGACCGUCGAGAAGGUGAAGGAGCUGUUGGGGCCCGAGGAAUAUAAGGGGAAGCCGAUUGAUCGGUUUGAAAUGGCGAAUAUUCGCGCAGUGCAUUUCUUAUUGCAUGAUCAUCUAGACCGAGGCUAUGAUGCGUGCUCGACAUAUGAUACGUUGGGGAAGAACUGCUGUGAGUAUUUGAGGGCGAAAACGGUGGAUAUCCCGAUUCAGUUUGUCAAGAGGGGUGUUUUGUAAGGCAAGAGGGCGGCUCAUGGUUGUUUGGCGUUUUGUCAUUGAAGUUGUUCCUAUUUGUCUGAGUGUUUGGUAUGAUGACUGAGUUCAUGCUCCUUGUGUGCUCAAUCAUACAUUCCUUCCAAUGUCAUCGCAGAGCGGCAAUGCGCAUGCGUGUCAAAGAUAGGUGGCAUAUGCUCCAGGCCAAAUCAAUUAAUGCCAUCCCCCUGAUAACAUCCGGGUUCAAAGCAAGGAAAUAGAGCAAGGACCGGCAAAUCCGAACAAAUGUAACACUUGCACCACCCAUCGUGGGCAACACAUACUACCCAGAGA